AUGGAUCUGGUGGCUAGCGUCCGCAAGGAAGGUAGUCGCGGCGGCCGCGACGCCUUUAAAUGGUCUGAUGUCAAGGACUCCUCUCACCGCGAGAAUUAUCUUGGCCACUCCCUCAUGGCUCCUGUGGGACGCUGGCAGCAAGGUCGCGACCUCUCCUGGUACGCCAAACACAAUGAUGAAGAUUCAGCCGACGCUGUAAAAAAUGAGAAAGAAGCCGAGCUGCAGAGAAUCAAGGAAGCCGAACAAGAGGCUAUGGCUCGAGCUUUGGGCCUGCCCGUUGCUCCAAAAUCUGCUACUGGUGCCAACGCCACCGCCGUCUCAGGCAGGGAUGUUGAGAAGCUCAUCAAGGAAUCUACUGGCGAUGCAAAUGAGACCGAGGCGGAACUUCCCAAAGGCAUCGGUUUCGGCGGUUAUAACGGCUUAAAGCACGCAGGUGAUGAUGCCAACGCAGACAGACUAGAAGCUGUCGGAAUGUCCAAUGAUACCAAGCGCAAGGAACCACGCGAAAAACGAAGCGACGACGUUGAAAUCAACAGGAGGCGAGAUCGCCCGCGUGACCGCAGCCGAGAGAGAGGUCGCUUCCAUGAUCGAAAAGAACGCAGCCACCGGUAUGAAAACGACCAUGACCGCCACGAACGUCGCAGGUAUCGGCCCCGAUCCCCAACUCAUGCGCGUGAGCGAAGACGUUCGCGCUCUCGGGACAGGGACAGGCGUCGCAGGGAAGACUAUAGGCGCUCUCGUCGCGAACGCAGCCGUUCUCCCGAAAAUCGCGAACACGAUCGCCGUCGAGCAGACGACAAUGGUUACAGGCGACGUCGCUAA